ACUAAUUUUACAUGCUGUAAUUCGAUAGCCCUUGCCUAGAUAAAUAUGAAAGACCAAUAACAUCUAAAAUUUUGAAGGAAUGGUAGCAUGAGAAAUCUCAACUCUGUGCUCCAAGCUUGCUCCACUUCAAAAAAUCUCAACCAAGCAAAACAACUUCACCAACGCCUCAUACUUUUCAACGCCUCAAACCCCAACCCCUUCUUCACCACCAAACUCAUCCAAAUCUACUCUGAUUGCAACGACAUUCGCUCCGCCACCUUCCUUCUCCACCAACUCUCCCAUCCAAACAUCUUCUCCUUCACUUCCAUUCUCUCCUUUCACUCCAGACACUCCCUCCAUUCCCAAUGCAUCCAAACCUACGCUCAGUUGAGGAGGCUCAAUGGCCUUGUCCCAGAUGGUUACGUGUUCCCCAAGGUAUUUAAAGCUUGCGCUCUAUCUGCGUCAUUUCACGUGGGUGUUGUUGUUCAUAAGGAUGUUAUUGUUUUUGGGUGGAACCCCAAUCUGCGCGUUUGUAAUUCUGUGUUGGAUAUGUAUUCUAAAUGUGGGGAUGUUGGAAGUGCAGUGAAGGUGUUUGAUGAAAUGCGUAAAAGAGAUGUUUUUUCGUGGAAUUCGAUGAUGUCGUGUUAUGUGUGUAAUGGGCUAUCUGACAGGGUUUUGGGGAUGUUGGAGUUUAUGGGAAUGGAUGGGUGUGAGCCGGAUGUUGUCACGUGGAACACUGUCAUGGAUGCUUAUUGUAAGAUGGGACUAGUUGAUGAGGCUUUAAGGGUCUUUGAACAAAUUAAGGAUCCUAAUGUUAUUUCUUGGACAAUUUUAAUAUCUGGUUAUUCUGGUGUUGGGAAGCAUGUCGUUGCUUUGGAAAUAUUUAGGGACAUGGUGAAUGUUGGGAUGAUUAUCCCUGAUGUUGAUGCUCUUUCGGGUAUCCUUGUAUCAUGUAAGUUUUUGGGGAAUUUGACAAGUGGGAGGGAAAUCCAUGGUUAUGGUCUUAAAAACGGGUUUAGGAAUGAUGUGUUUUAUAAGUCUGCUGGUGCUGCGUUGUUGACGUUGUAUGCUCGGUGUAAUAGACUUCAUGAUGCUGAAAAAGUGUUCCGUGUAAUGGAUGAUUCUGAUGUUGUUACGUGGAAUGCCAUGAUUUUGGGUUAUAUUGACACGGGCUUGGGACGUUUGGCUUUUGAAUGUUUUAGAGAAAUGCAGGGAAGAGGUGUGAGGAUUGACCAGACGACUAUAUCUACUAUAUUGCCUGUUUGUGAUUUGAGAUGUGGAAAACAGAUACAUGCGUAUGUUAGGAAAAGCAAUUUUGAUUGUGCGGUUGGAGUUUAUAAUGCACUGAUUCAUAUGUACUCGAUCUGUGGAUGCAUUUCAUAUGCAUAUUCUUUGUUUUCCACCAUGGUUAAGAAAGAUUUGAUUUCAUGGAACACGAUUAUUGGAGGAUUUGGAAUGCACGGACUUGGCCAAACUGCUGUGAAGCUUUUGCAGGAAAUGAGUGAUUCGGGAAUUAGCCCCAAUUCAGUGACGUUUUCUUCGGCACUUUCUGCUUGCAGUCAUUCAGGACUUGUGGAUGAUGGAAUUGAACUUUUCUACAGAAUGACAAAGGAUUUUGGCUUGAACCCGGUAAUGGAACAUUUUUCUUGUGUUAUUGACAUGCUGGCUCGUGCUGGUAGGCUCGAAGACGCAUUUCGUUUCAUUAACCAAAUGCCUCUGGAACCAGAUAAGUAUAUUUGGGGAGCUUUACUUGCAGCAUGCCAAGAGCACCAAAAUGUUAGUGUUGGCCAGCUGGCUGUGGAAAAAUUGAUAGAUUUGGAACCUCGCGAAGCUGGUCAUUACGUGACACUGUCAAAUCUUUACUCAAGAGCAGGAAGAUGGGAUGAUGCUGCAAAGGUAAGGACAAUGAUGGAAGGUCAAGGAUUGUUGAAGCCAUCAGGACAUAGUUGGGUUGGUACCAGAAGUUAACUGAGAGGAAAAGACAGCAUAAUCAAAUCAAUCUUUUGAUCACACUUCAAAGUUCAAUAUAUUAACGUGCACAGUCAAUUUUGCAUCAACAUUUAGAGGCUGCAACCAUUCCUGAAUUGCCUUGGGAUGCGAUGGGACAUUGUUUGGUGUUUGCAGAAUGAGCUUUCAAGUGUUCUGCAGCAAAGCAGAUUGCCUUGAAAUGGAGAAAGUAGCAAGCAUAAGCAGUGGAGAGCACGGGCUCUGAAAAGAUCUCUGUACUUGAUGUUAGUAAUGUGGAAGAUAAAUUUGAGAUUCUGUUGGAUAUGAAGAAAUCAUCUAGCAAAGGAAUGGUUCAAAGUAAUUAUUUUAAGGAGUAACUAAUAAUGUGAUCUGGUAUGCAUCUUGGUCCUGCUCUAGAACCAUAAUGCAAUUUGGAAUUUAUUUGAUUGCUGAUUUACAACUAAAGGACGUCUUUCAGAAUGACUAUUGCAACAUUAAUUGUUUGAUAACAGUUUUACUCUACCAUAUCUAAGUUUGCCUUCAAAA